UUAAAUAUGGAAAGAAAUCAAUUGAAACAAAUUGAUGAAACGUCAUUUAUGUAUAUGAAAAAUUUAAGUAUCGUUAGAUUGUCUGAUAAUCAGUUAACAUUUAAUUAUACAGAUAACAAAUUGUCUCCAUUUGAUACUAAUCAAUUUCUUACGGAAUUAGAUUUAUCGAACAAUAAUAUAAAAACGUAUUUUUCCGAUUGGUAUAAACACAAUCAUUAUUUUAAAUUAUUAAAUUUGAGUAACAACGAAAUAGAAUCUAUAUUGAUAACUGAUUUCAUUGAAACGUCAGGACAAAUUCAAAUUGAUUUGAGAUAUAAUAAAUUGAAAAAUAUUAAAUUUGGUUACAUAGAAUUAUACGAACGUUCAUUGAUGUAUAAUAUACCAGACGUUAUUCUUUAUGUUGAACAUAAUCCUUUGUUAUGCGAUUGUGAAUUGAUCGAUCUUUUACAUUAUUAUGCUGUAAAAAUGCCUUCUUUUAUUUAUCACAUUAAUAUUAUACUAAGAGAGUCAAGUUGUAUUAAAUCUGAUGGUAAGAAGGUAACAAUUAAUCAACUUAAGUAUAAGAAUUAUACGUGUCAAGAGCACGAUUAUUUUAACAUUAAUAAAACUUGUCAAAGUGAUUGUGAUUGUAUUAUAAGACCUUAUGACAAGACACGUUAUAUUGACUGUUCUUUGAAAAAUUUAACUACAUUUGAGAUUGAUCAGAAGAAAAUUUACAAUGCCAAUGAAUAUUCAUUGGUAUUGAUACUCUCUAGAAAUAAUUUAACGCAAAUACCAGAGAUCCAAUCUUUAAACAUAUCAGGUUUAGACUUAUCCUAUAACAAUAUCAGUGAAAUAACAGUUGAAAGAUUACCAAUGAGUCUCAGAGUACGUGUGUGUUGUCUCUUUUAUUUUAUUUUAUUAUUUUUUAUUUUGAAUACAGAUAUAAACUUGUUUCAUAAUAAUAUAUCAGUAAUUGGUUCAAAGGUACUGGAAUACUUGAAUAUUAUUGUUUUACAAAGUUUCUAUAUAGCAGAAAAUCCAAUUGAAUGUUCUUGCGUAAAUAAACAUUUUCUCGAAUACGUUCUAUUACCUCGUGUUUUUAAUGAAGAUCUACGUCAAAUAAAAUGCCUUGACGGAAACAGAUAUUUCCAUGAAUUGGAACCAGACAAAUUGUGCAUUAGUCUACUUCAAAUCUUUUUACAUGGCACUAGGGCUUUAGCUUUGUGUUUCAUUAUAAUGAUAAUCUUGAGUCUAUUUUAUAAGUAUGUAAUUAUAAAGUAUAAUAUACUACCAGAAGGAUUACUUCCGCCAAUAUUUGCAAUAAAUCAAGAAGAUUCUGAUGUACCUGGAUUGUAUCAACCUUAUGAUCUUUCUCAAAUGAAUGUAUCAACUCCAACUUUUGUAUCAUCUACAAGGGAUUCAGUGUUACAAUCUCCAGUUAAUACACAAUCGCCAGUUGAUACACAAUCGCCAGUUGAUACACAAUCUCCAGUUGAUACACAAUCUCCAGCUGAUACACAAGCUUCAGUAGAAACAUCUCCAGAUGAUACACAAACUCUAGUAGAAACAUCUUCAGUUGAUACACAAACUCUAGUAGAAACAUCUUCAGUUGAUAGACAAUCUCCAGUUGAUGCACAAUCUCCAGUAGAAACAUCUUCAGUUGAUACACAAUCUCCAGCAGAUGCACAAACUCCAGUAGAAAUAUCUUCAGUUGAGACACAAUCUUCAGUAGAUACACCUCCAGUUGAUACACAAUCUCCAGUGAUGUUGAAAAUCGGAUUGUUGACGAUAUUUUUCCUUACCUUCACAACGAUCAACAGUAUUAGCUUUUUGUGCCAGAACAAUCCACAUUGUAGAUGUGUUUCUCAAAAUUCCGAGGUGCUUCAUGUUACUUGUACUGUUGGUAUUAAAAAUAGCAGGUUUACGAUUAACAUUAAAUCAUUUGAUUAUAUACAGAUUAAUUGUGAAGGUUGGGAUGGUUGGGAAGGUUUUAAAUUCAAGAGCAAUGUAGCAGGAGGGAAACUCAAAACAUUACAAUUUUUAAAUUGCGGAUUAUCAGAUAAAAUUAGUUUGAAAGAUGUGAGCAAUUUGUUUGGAAUACAAGAAGUGGAUGAAUUAAGAUUUAAAUCUUACAACAGUCUUAAUGGAAAUUUAAAAAGACACCAUCUUGCUGGUUUUCCAAAAGUGAGAUCAUUAGUUUUAUCUGGUAACGAUUUAACCAAUCUAACGAAAGAUUUACUUAUGGAUUUUCCUUUAUUGGAAUGGAUUGAUUUAUCUAAUAAUAGAAUAAUAUUGAACAAUCAAUUGUUUGAUUCAACUCCAAAUCUUACACGAAUUGAAUUAUUUAACAAUGGAUUAACAAAAGUGGACAGUUUGUUAUUUUCUCGACUGAAGAAAUUAGAAUUUUUAGAUCUUAUGGGUAAUCAAUUGACACAUUUGGAAGACACAUUUUUCAAGAAUUUAUCAUCGUUAAAAUAUUUGUUACUAGAUAUUAAUAAUAUAACUAGUUUAUCAGCAGACAUAUUUUCUCCAUUAAGCAAAUUGGAAGUGAUUAAUAUAUCUCAUAAUAAUUUGACCUAUGUUUUUCUGUCAAAUUUC